UUCAAAUUCUCCAAAGCAUCGCUUCUCAGAACUAUCUCCAUCGCCUGGUUUCGUUUAUUUCCAACAGUUCAACUGAAGAACAUGGGAGGCGUAGAAGAUAACCACUGGGUUGAUUUGAUGAUAGAUAAAAUCGGAUUUGCACUAACCAAGGUUGACGAAUCGAUUCAAAAGAGUAUUGAACUCUGGAAAGAUUUAACCAAAGACAUAUAUGAUGAGCAGCCUACACUUGAUACAACGGGACAACCAAAUAAUGUUAAAUCCGGUGAAGAAGAUUACUCUCAGGAUAAAUCUGUCACUGAGGUCAAAGAAAGACCUAUUCAACACUGGGCUAUGCGCCUUGGUGAGGCCAAAGAAUCACCGAGCCAACACUGGGAUAUGUGUGCAUCAAAAAUUUCAGAGAGUUUGAUUCAAGAACAAGGGGAUGAUGAAGUUGAUGAAAAAGAAAAAGAAGAUGACGAGGGUACAGUUUCGGAAUCUAGUGGUGAAGAAGACAUGUGUGAGCUUACUUUGGGAAAGUCGGCCUCGAGAUAUCGCCCUAAUCUUCACCAUCAUCAUAAUGAAGAAGCUAGUACUGGUUUGAGUUUGAAGUGGAAAGAUGGUUAUGGGCAAUUAAAUGAUGAUGAUUAUAAAUCAUGGAGUGAUGAUUAUGAAAGCUUGUACAAGUUUUAUCCUAUGAGGGCCCCUCUGAGGUCGUCCUACUUACCUCCUGGGCUCCCUCUCCAUAAAGAAAAUAAUGCUUUAUAUUUUAAGAGGGGGAAUCCUUAUCAUAUGUCAAUAAAUGAUGAUACGUCUUCCAAAAAAGAUGAUGAAUCAUGUGAGGAAGAGGAAGAGGAAGAGGAGGAAGAGGCUAACUUGGAGACCUAUAUCCCUAGUGGGUACCAUCAUCGUAAUGAAGAAGACACCGAGGAUUCGAGAAUUCGUUAUGAGCAGCUAAAGACGGCGAGUUCGAGGGCCAGAGAUGGUUAUGAGCUGUUAAAGAAUGAUGACACGUCUUCCGAAGAUGAGGAUCCAUACGUGAAGGAAUAUUGGAGGCUGAAGUAUAGAAUCAUGAGCGAUGCAACUAACAUAUCAUUAGUGGAUGAUGAUGAUGAUGAUAUUUAUAUUGAUGAUAUUGAUGAUGAUGACUUGUCGGACCAGUUACAAGGAUUUGUGGAUGUGAAGGAAGAGGAGAUAGAGAAUAAAACGGAAUGUGGCGAGGUCGAGACCCUUUCCCCAGAAUGUGAUUGGGUUUUUGUGACGAGGGAUUAGGUCUUUGAUUUUUGGCAUAUUUUGUGUCUCAUCUGAAUUCGAGUGUUUUAUACUUUAUAUCGGCUUUUAUGGGGUUUUUUUUCUUGC